AUGGCUUCUGGAGAAGAAGGUUUCAGCUUUCUGACCACCUAUUCUCCACCACAAUCCGUCAACUCACCGCCUUUGUGGCCGCACACAAAUUCAGAAGCCUCGUGCAGUAAAAAACCCAAAAACAUUGGCGAAAACAGUGGAAACAUUCAUGAAGAAAUAUGCAGAUUUCCUACUUCAAAAAAUACGAGCCACAAUUCAAGAACCAACUUUACGACUGACGAUAGUAGUAAUGAUGAAGAGGAAAAAAUGGACAUGUUGUGGGAAGAUUUGAAUGAGGAAUUUACAUCACCAACUUCUGAUACGUCACCUGCAAGAGAGGUAAAAAUAAGUCGUGUUAGAACCUUAAAGUUGUUGGAAGCCAAGAAAAAGCCAAGCAUUGUAGUUUUUUUGAAGGUCUUGAAGAGGGUUUUUGUGAUGAAUAAUUGUCGCCAUCAAUCCAUCAAGAAACGUGCAUUGUAA